AUGGAAGCUUGCACAACUAACACUACUCGUAUGGGUCCGUCCAAUGUAACAUAGUAAAUUACAUCAAAACCAGAGUCUCCUUCAUCUUAAUCAUUAUUUGACGAAGAAAAUGAGGUUAUUCAUAGAAAUAUGAUAAAGGACAAAAAGUAAGAAGUUUUAGGUUAAAGUCGUAAAUCUGAUUAUUUAAAACAUGCAAUAUUUUUAACAAAUAGAUCCCUGAGAAUGAGUGAAAGAUCGAAAUCUUAGCAGUUUGUAAUAAACUUUAGGAAACAAUACUUUAUACAUAGAUUCGUAAACAAUCUAUUCACUAAUCUUUAUUUCAUGAAGUAGGACCAAAGACUGAGAAUAAAUCAAGUUUUAGAUGAAAAACCAGCUCAAUAAUUUUCUAAAAAUAGCUCUGAGUAUAAUAAAGAGAAAAAAUGGAUAUUUCUUCCAUCGACUCAUUUCAUAAUGUUUUGGGAUAUUUUGGGUCUUUUAUUCCACCUUAUAAUGCUGUGGAUCAGUCCUUUUUUAUGUUCAUUCGAAGAUUACAAUAAUACGAUCAUGUAAUAUCUCUAGUCAAUAAUAUUAUUUUACUUGAUUUUUGACUUUUUAGUAAUGUUUAACAGGGCCAUAAUUAUUGAGGCAGUAAUAGUUUAUCAACGAAAGGAUUUCAUUAAAAAUUAUUUAAAAUCUAAUGCUAUUUUUGAUUUUUUUAACUUGGGUAUAUGGAUAGGAUUAAAAUACGAAUACUUUCCUUUUUAAUACAUGCAAGAAAUUCUAAUUGUAUGCUAAGUAUAUAUAACCGAAUAUUUCCAAUAAAUAUAUUGUAGGGGAAAUCAAAAUUUUACAAUAGAGCUAAUUUCUUUAAUAAUUUAAAUUUACUAUUUUGCUCAUAUCAUAGCAUGCAUUUGGCAUUAUGUUGGAUCAUCAACUGAAUGUCUGGGGAGAACAUGGUUAAUAGACAGACAUUUAGAAGAUAAAUCAAUCUGGAACAAAUAUAACGCUGCUUUCUAUUGGGCUACGAUGACAAUGACAACGGUUGGAUAUGGCGAUAUAAUUGCAAUAAAUGAAAUCGAAAUGAUAGUCUCCUCUAUUGUCAUGUUCCUUUCCAGUUGUGCAUUUGCUUACACCAUGAGUUCUAUAGGGAUUAUCUUAAAGAACAUAUAUGACACAUAAUUAACCUAUAAAAAAAAUCUGAUUCAAAUGACAUAAUUUAUGCUAAAAAACAAUGUGGAUGAACAAAUACAAGGGAGAAUCAGGAAUUACUUAAAUUCUCAGCUCUAUUAAGAGAAAAAGGAGAAUAUGGAUGAUGUGAACAAUAUCUUGAAUUCUCUGCCUUUUAAUUUGCAAUAGGAUUUAAAUGCUGAUAUCUAGGCCAGAGUAAUAAAGCAAAUCAAAUUAAUCAUUAAUUACUUUUCCAAGUCAACCUAAGUCUAAGUGGCUAAGAAUCUUCAACUAAUUUCACUAUUGGCUGGAGAUGUGGUGUAUAAAUAAGGUGAUCUUUCUGAGGAUAGUCUGUAAUAAUUUCUACAUUUAAGUUAUUUUAUACACAAGGGAGAGGUGAAGUAAACUGAGUUUCAAACCAAAACCACACUCAAAACAUUGUAAAAAAACUAAUAUCUUGGGAUUUAUUCUUUCUUUACUGGUUUUUGUCCCAAGGAAACAGCUAUAUGUAAUAGUCCAACUUAGUUAUAUAAAAUAAAUAGAAAGAAAUUCUUAGAAAUUAUUCGAAGCAACUAGAAGGAUCAUGAAAUUUUCCAUCAUAUCAAAGACAAAAUUAUAUUUACAAAUAACUUGGUGUUGUUUGAUCAUAAAUGCAAUUUCUGUUCUCGGCCUUUUCAUUUGGAAAUCGAUUGUCCACUUCUAUCGUAUAAGCCUGAUUUAGAAUUGAUUUUGAAGAAAGAUAACUUCACCGAGAAAUUCAAUAGCAGAAUAAUGGUAAAACGGAAAAACAACAGAAAUAAUACUUUUGGGUUUUUAAAUAAAUUAAAUUCAACUCUAAAUUAGUUUUAAGAGGAUUAAUAGAUCUAACUUUUAGGUGCGAAUGAAAACAAUCAAAAUGACACACCGCAAUACAGAACUGGUUUGUCUGAAGUUGUUUAUCAGAAUUCAGCAUAAAUGAUAGCUUAAAAUUUGUAGAAUCUCAGUGCCAGUGACGAAGAACUACAUUCAGAAUUGUAACACACUCCAUAAUAGUAAUCAAAGCAGAUCAUUUCUUAAUAAUUGGUAAAAACUCAAAGUAGGUCUUCUAUAUCAAAAAUAAAAAUAGGGAGAAUUGAAUAUCGGACAUCCAAAAGUAAUUUUGCACCCAUUACAGAUAAUUUAAAUGGAUCAUUCUGCAUUCUGGAUGAAGUCAAAUAAAUUUUCAAUUUCUAAAAUGCUUUUAAUUUAGACAAAGUGAACUUUGUGGGUAUUUCCUAUAUGCCUCAAUAUUCUUUGGAGGCUCAAGUGAAACAAAUGGCCAAAACCAUGAAGAGGAAGAACCAGAGACUCUAAAGAAUAUAUGAUAGAUUUGAAAAAUACACUUUCUUUCAUAAAGUGAAACAAUUAUCUCUAAAAUUAAGGGUGUAUUACAAACGAAGUAAUAAAUCAACUUUACAAUGA